UAUACUCGAAACCUGCUGAAGAGGUGGAGUCUUUUACUCUCUGAGUAGCAACAGAGCAGAGCCAGUGCUGUAAUUUCAAAACCGGGGCACUUUCACACUCCAGCUUUUGUUGAUUGUGUUGAGUUGCUCUUUCUGUUCAGUGCCUUGGGAGAUGUGGGAUGACCGUCGCUGGGGACUCUUCAAGCGGAACCUUCAGCCCACCCUGACCCUGUGGAGCGCCUUCUGCUCCUUCGGGCUCUGCAUGGCCUUCCUGGGACCGACCCUGCUGGAUCUCCGCUGUCAGACCCACUCCAGUCUGCAACAGAUCACCUGGGUUUUCUUUGCACAGAACUUCUGCGUCCUCGUCGGGACCAUCAUUGGUGGCGUCUUCAAGAAAACGUUCUCCUGCUCCCUGAGUGCUCUGUUUGUCUCCACUCUCCUGAUAUCAGCUGUAUUUUCCAUCAUCCCCUUCUGUAACAAUGUGAUUAUCCUUGCCUUCGUCCUGGCUGUGGCUGGGUUGGCCAUGGGCUGCAUAGACACCAUCGCUAAUCUGCAACUGGUUCGCAUCUACCAGAAGGAUUCACCUGUCUUCCUGCAGGUUCUUCAUUUCUGUGUUGGUUUUGGUGCAUUCCUCAGCCCCAUGAUAGCCGAUCCUUUCCUUUCUGAAACAAACUGCAUACAGAACAACCGAACUGUGAAUGGGACUUUCUCUGACUUGACCCACAUUCGGAAGUACCUGGUCCCACACCACGUCGUUAAUGAGACCCAGUUCGUGCUUCCAACUGACGGGCUUGUCAUCUCGCAAGUGUCCUACGCCUUCUGGAUCAUGGCACUGGUCAAUCUGCCAGUGCCCAUUGCUGUACUUUUCUUGAUGUGUAAGCAGGGAAUUGGGGGUUGCUGUGGAAAGAAAAGUGUGCCACUCUUACCAGCUGAGGAGCUGCCCCCUGACCUGCAGAUGGACAGAUUAGCACCAGCACAAGAGAGGACGUUGCAUGCUAAAGAGCCUGAUGGUCUUAUUGAUUGCCUCAAAGGAUUGCGUCUUCAAGAAGCUCCUUGCACUUUCUUUGUUAUCCACAUUAUCGGGGCUGUCGUGCUUUUUAUGACGGACGGGAUUUUGGGAGAGUACUCUGGAUUCGUAUAUACCUAUGCUGUGGAGAAACCUCUGUACAUCGAGGCUAGGGUAGCUGGCUACCUCAGCAGUCUUUUCUGGGCUUCAAUCACACUGGGCAGAUUGGCAUCUAUCCCAGUGUCGGGAAAGUUAAAACCUGUGACUAUGGUGUUCAUAAACCUGGGUGGAAUCAUUGGCACCUUUGUCUUGAUGCUGUGUUUCCCAGUCAGUGUUGUUUGUCUUUACGUGGGUACAGGACUUCUGGGAUUUUUCCUGAGCAGCACCUUUCCCAGUAUGUUGGCUUAUACAGAAGACAUCUUGAAUUACCAAGGAUGUGCAACAACUGUACUGGUGACUGGGGCGGGAAUUGGUGAGUUCGCUCUCCAGAUGCUUGUUGGAUCAGUUAUUCAGUCACCUGAAACUGAUAUAUUUCUUGUGUGUGGACUAACAUUUGGCUGUCUUGCUCUUCUCUUCUACCUGGUUCUUCUACUGGUGCACAGAUUACACAGUCAUCAGACCAUGGCAGCACCUUCGAAAACAGGCACGAUAGAGGAGUCAAAGUUUUCAUACCAGAGCUGAGGUUUAGCAAGCGACCGGCCACUGUAAUGUGCAGUAGUUCUGAACAGAUUCAAUGCAAUAUUGGAAUAGACUGAAUGCCAGUACAGGCUUUAACAAUGGACAUUACUGCGUUAAAUCGCCUAUUUGAGAAGUGGCAAGGUCGCUUUUGUCUAUACUUCUGUUUUAACUGAUGCGUCUCACUAAUUGAUGUGGCUGCAAUAAUCUUCCUAAGAGAAUGGACAUUGAAGGUAUAAUGUACCAGAGAUCACCUUAAUAAUCAUGUGGAACCUGAAUUAACUGCUUCAUGUCUUUUUUUUAAGUAGAACUGUUUUUUAAAAAACACACACACACUUGAUUCUAUCAGGUAAAUGAUCUUUCUUGCUUAAUCCUCUUCUUUUGUUUAAAAAAUAUUGCCAAAUAUCAAUAGAGUGAGAACUUGGAACAUUAUAGUUACAAUUUCAUUAAUGGUAAAAAUGAAGGUUCUUAAAGUAGAUGCAAUGUACAAAAUCUUAAUGCAUUAGCCUGAAGUUCCUCUUUCUGUAUUUCUUCACAGAAGACAGUUGAAGUUAAAGGGGUCUGUAACUCUGUUACAGCUUAAAUGUAUUUUUAUCUCUUUGAGAGAGUGAUGGAGAUUUGCAAGAUGACAUUCUUUGUCCAUCUGUUUUGCUGAGCUAGUCAUGCUGGUCGUGGUGAGAUGUUGUUUCAAUUCCUUGAGACUUAACUAUUGUAGAUGCCCCCCCACCACAGAGACGACAGCAUUCCAAGAUUAAGGCCCACUGCCACUUCUUUCUCCAGUGAAUCUUGGAAUUGGCAAUAAAUAUCAGCUUUGCCAACAACAACCUGCAACUGAACUAAUCUGGUUGUUGUUGCAGGUUCCCUUUCCCGAAGACUAUUUGUGCUUUGGGUUUUUGCAGCAAUUUCUAUGCUUGCUCUUUUCCGAAUAGUCUCAAAUCAGCCUUUACCAGAGUUGCUACAUCCAAUUUCUUGCCAUGGUGGGAUUUGAGCAACCACGUUCUGGAUGAUGAGUCCAAUGUUAUAGCAGAGAGAGGAAUUUCUGGCAAGUCUGUUAAGUAUUUGCGUGUUGGUUUCCUUCCAUUCUCACAAUGGGGGCUAGAAAGAUGAAAAGGAAAGACUUAUACUUGGAUACACAAAGAACUGUAAUCACUGUUGUAAUGUGAAGAUUGAAGCAACUAUUUGGUGUACAGCACAGGUGACUUCAGUUAAUUUUACCAUGAUGGGUAGAGGGAGGAGUAUUUGCAAAGAUACCAGGAGAACUUAAGAAAUAGGAGCAGGAGGCCAUUCAGCCCUAGAGUUGGAAGGUACUAUCGAUGAGUCUAUGAGCAUACUCAAGUCUGACAUCAGUAGUGUUUUGAAACUAAGAAAAUCAGAAGCUUGGACAAGAUAAUGGAGUUAAAGGAGAAGAUCAGAUAUUAGGGAUGGACAAUAAAUGUUGGCCUAGCCAGCAACACCCUCCUCCUGUGAAUGAAUAAAGUAAAAAAAGCUACUGAUGGAUUAUUUAAUAUCCCUGAAUGCCCCUCCCCACCCUAAAUAUCAAAUAGAAACCCAUUCAUUUGAAAUCCUUUGAGGAUUACAUUGGCACUGGGAUCAGAGGAAAUCUCUAAUUUUCUUUAUCAUGUUACUAAUCCAAGAUCAGUCAUCUCUCCCUCAUCUCAGAAAUGGGCUGAGAAUGGAAAUCUGAGACGUGGUUUUCCGAGGAAAUUAAUAAGGCUUCCGAGGGAGGAAAUAUGCAGAAUUAAAGGGAAAGGGCUGAAAAUUAGUCCUGCAAGGGAAAUAGUAAGGACUCGAUGGAUUAAAUGGUCUCUUUCUGAGCUGUAAUUGUUCUAUAAGCCAAUAAUAUGACAAUACAUUGAAGCAGCAGCGUAUUCCCUGGCACCAACAGGACAGUAAAUGAAUAUGGAAUGCAUGCUAUUGGUAUGACCUACAUAAUCUGACCCUUUAGCUGAGGUUACAAGAUCUGUGGGACCAAGUUUGCCUUUAAUUAUAUUCUCCUGUGUAUAUUCUUGUCUUGUCUGAGCCUUGAGGAAAAGGGACCUUGCUGUUGCUCAUCCAACCAUGCUCGCAGACUAACAUCACUGAAAAAUGCGCGAAAAUAUUCAUUUAUAGACGUUUGAUCAAUGAAGGAGUGGUUAUUUGAGCCCCGCUUCCCAUUGUCACUCAUGCCUCAGUGAUAGUGCCCUUACCUCUGAGCCAGAAGACAGGCUGCUUUCUGACUUUUUAGCACAAAGUCAAUUGUAUUACAGAAGAUGAAGCUUUCUUUUCCCUUUUAAUGCCACAGGAUCUUCUACUUGCCCCUAUUUUCAAAGAAGAGCAGGGGAGUUCUCCUUGGUGUUCUGGAUUAACAUUUCUCCCUCAAUCAACACCUUCAAAAUGACCCACAAAUAUCUGCCCGUAAUCGCACUAAUUGUGUGCUGCAUUUUCUAUAUUACAACAGUGACUGCACUUUAAGAGCAUUUCAGUGGCAGUGAAGCAUUUUGACAAGUCUUUGUCUUUUUAAGGGUUGAGAUCUACAACUAAUUUAUUAGUCACUAGCUGCCUCACUCGCGGCACAAUAAGCUAGCUGGAAGAGUUGCUAUGUAGUGGUAACAGUUAGCUGUAGGCUCUUCUGGCACAUCAGUAAUGUUCCUACCUCUGAGCCUGGAGGCUCAGGUUGAAGUCUGACCUGCUCCAGAGGUGUGUAAUAAUAUCUCUGCACAGGUUGAUUCUAUUGUCAAGUAAUACGCCAAUACCACCAGGGGUAAAAAAAAAACAUCUUUUGUAACACUUGAAUCAUAUAAAGUUGCUCUAAAUAAUGUAACCUGUUUUUGUUUUUAUUCGUUAACCUGUGCAGUGUUGCAGAAAGUUGAUAUUUCUUUUUUUUUUGCCUUGUAGACUGAAAAGGAGAUGCUUUAUGUGUUUUGUUAUUUAAAAAUGUUCUUUAUGAAAGUUGAUUGGUUGUUUUUCAACAGUUGGACUUAAUCAGCUGAUUAAUCAGUGCACUGGAUUCAGGAUGUGCCUUGUGUUCUGACAACAAAGGAAAUGUUAGUUAAUAUAUAUAUAUUAAAGAUAUUAUGAAAAAC